CUUUUUUUCAUCCCAUAGAGCCAACACUCGUUAUGUCUGGACAAACCCGAAUUGAUAUCAACUUUCUUGGCGGCAAGGGUACUGGCAAGACAACCUUGCUAGAACACCUUGCGGCCAAAAAGGGGGGCGUGAAAUCCCAAUCCAAUGGUAUCACUUCAUACACUUUUGCAGGAGUGGGCAAAUACGAUGUUACUCUCAAUGAAAUCCCCGAUAUCAGUGCCUUUUUCAAAGCGCUUCAUGAUGAUGGUCUUGGCCAUGAUGGAGCCAUUCUCUGCCUCUCUGCCGCACCAGGAGAGGAAGCCGAUCCAUACAGCACCCAGGAAUUUAUUUCUGUACUUAAAGACCAAAGGGAAUACAGCACCGCUCGGCUCAUGGUCGCUGUGAAUAAGAUGGACGCCGCCGAGUGGAGCGAGAAGCGGUUCGAAAAGCUGGCCAAAGAAUGGCACGAGUUGUAUCAGCAAAAGCUUGGAUACGAUAGUCAUAGGACUCCGAUUUUUGCUAUCAGCAGUACUGAGGGGGAUCAUAUCGCGGAUGAUGUACUACACAACGGUUCGAAACACAUGCCGUGGCACAUCUUUUGGAAGGUGGAACGAGGUGAGGGGUCUCAGUAUACCUUGUGGCAGGGCAUUGAGAAUACCGGGGUGGGAUAUGGGCGUCCUUUUCCAGAGUGAGCUGCAUUGAGACGGUCCAGGAUGGAUUGGAUAGGGGCAGUUAAUUUUGAGCAUCCUUCUAAUGAAGAGAACAAUAGUUUGUUUUA